UAAAUCAAGAGCAUUUAUAACGGCAUGGCAUUAAUAAUGGCUAAAACUUAAACUAACAAACUUGCUCAGGGUCGAAGAAAACUGUUGCUUAGCAACCAGUCGUCAAACAAUCACUUGCGUGGUCCACAGAACAAGAAAAAGAACUGAAUGCUUUAAGUUACCGUAAAAAUAACAAAUUCAGGGAGUUUUAUGUUUUGCUUUGCCAUUAGUUUUAUAUUUUUAUAUCGUUUCCUGUAAAUACAGUUUCAUCCACAAAUGGCAGGGAAGAAGAAAGAGGCAAGCCUGCAGGUAUCAGUUAUGAACCAAGAACAAUGGGAGGAAAUACUUACUACCAAAGGUUUGACAGUUGUGGAUGUUUACCAGCAGUGGUGUGGCCCCUGUCGAGCAGUGGUUAGUCUCCUCCGAAAGAUAAAGAACGAACUCAGUGAUGACCUGCUGCAUUUUGCCACUGCUGAAGCCGACAGUAUUGAUGCCCUGGAGAAGUAUCGAGGAAAAUGUGAACCCACCUUCCUUUUCUUUGGAGGUGGGGAGUUGGUGGCUGUGCUGCGAGGGGCCAAUGCUCCGAUGCUCCAGAGGAUGAUUGUGGAGGAGCUGGCCAAGGAAAAGCUGGUCAUGGAGAAAGGCAGUGGUCGCAAAGUGGUGAAGGAUUUUGGUCUGUUGGAUGAAGAGAAGAGAGAGGAGGAAGAGCUUCAGCAGCCACAAAAUGAAGAAAGUAUAAUUGUUCCUGCCAGUAAAGCCUACACAGUUGCCAUCAUUAAGCCUGACGCAGUUGCUCAUGGGAAGGCAAAUGAGAUCAUUAUGAAGAUUCAAGAUGCUGGGUUUGAGAUUCUUGCACACGAGGAGCGCACUCUGACUGAAACGGAGGCUCGAGAUUUUUACCAACAUAAAGCAGCGGAGGCUUGCUUUGAGGACUUGGUGCAGUUCGUGUCCAGCGGUCCCUCCUAUAUUCUAGUGCUUUCUCAGAUAGAGGGCACGGCCAAUAUCAUAUCAGCAUGGCGUGAGUUCAUUGGCCCAGCAGAUAUAGAGGAAGCCAGGAGAGAAAAGCCCGAAAGCAUACCUGGAAAGGAUCCCAGUUCUGGGUCUGGAGUAGGGAGCGAACAGCACAUUCUCGCCUGCUUGAUCAGACACACCCAAACAUUAUGCUUCUCUUUGGUUGAGCACCAGCCGAGCAUCCAUCUGGUCCUCUCUUCCUCCUUCCCCACCCGACUUCCUGCAGCUUGCGGGCACAAUACGGCACAGAGACGCUGUUCAACGCAGUGCAUGGCAGUGCGGACAGCGACCAGGCCAACAGGGAGCUCGCCUUCUUCUUCCCCAACUUUAGGACGGCCUCCGAUGCAGAGCAGGAUGGGGAGGAAGAGCGUGUGGAGAGGACGCUGGCUCUCAUCCGACCCGACGUUGCCAGGGAGAACAGAGAUGAGAUUUUGGCCCAGAUUCACAAGUCAGGUUUCACAGUCGCCCUUCAAAAAGAGUGGGCCUGUACUGGCAUUAGCUCUGGUCAGGAAAGGAGCUGUCCAUCACUGGAAGAACAUCCUCGGUCCUCCUGACCUUCACAAAGCCAAAGAAGAGGAUCCUGAGUGUCUGAGGGCCAAAUUUGCUGUAGAAAAUGAGCCCAUCAACCAGCUUCAUGGCAGCGCAAAUCCCGAAGAGGCAGAAAGAGAGCUGAAGUUUUUCUUUCCUCAACAACGAACGCUGGCAGUCAUCAAACCCGAUGCUCUGGAGGAACACCGAGAUACGAUUUUGGAAGAGAUUCAGGGGAGAGGCUUCACCGUGGCGCAGCUGAAGGAGACUUUGCUGUCAAGAGAGAUGGCUGAGGAGUUUUACAAGGAGCAAAGGGAGAAGCCAUUCUUCACGCAGCUGGUGGAUUUUAUGUGUCGUGGGCCCUGCAUGAUGCUCGUCUUGACCAAGGAGAAUGCAGUGGAGGAGUGGCGGGCCAUGAUGGGCCCCAGCGAUCCAGAGAAAGCUAAAGAAAUCUCCCCACAGUCUCUGAGGGCCCGCUUUGCUGCCGACAUCCUCCACAACUCAGUUCAUGGUUCCUCCAACGAGCAGCACGCAGAGGAAAAGAUCCGAUUUGUCUUUGGUGACAUCAGCGCAGACGCAGCUCCAACUGAUGACAGCGAAACCAGCAGAACCACCUCAGCUGAAUGGCCAGGCGGUUCUGGAGAUGAAAACAAAGGAAUAUCAAGAUCUACAACUGAAGAGACCUAAUAUCUGGGGUCAGCAUGAGGUUUCUGUAAUUAGGGGAUUAAAUGAUUAUGUCUAAAAAGUGGCUUAGCAUGUAUAGUGGUGUAAAACGUUGGAAUAAAAUGGGAAUCUAAAAAAAAUGGAUAUGAACCA